CCCGCAGUGGAGCCAAAUUUGAAGCCUGCGGAGAGGCGGGGACGGGGGUGGGGGCGCGGUCGCAAAGCUGGACCCGUCGAGGUUUCCUUGGCUGCCAGACCCCCUUAGGACCAAUCAUCAUGCCUAUCCGUGCGCUGUGCACCAUCUGCUCCGACUUCUUCGACCACUCCCGAGAUGUGGCCGCCAUCCACUGCGGCCAUACCUUCCACCUACAGUGCCUAAUUCAGUGGUUUGAGACAGCACCAAGUCGGACCUGCCCACAGUGCCGAAUCCAGGUUGGCAAAAGAACCAUUAUCAAUAAGCUCUUCUUUGACCUUGCCCAAGAGGAGGAGAGUGUCUUAGAUGCAGAAUUCUUAAAGAAUGAACUGGAUAAUAUCAGAGCCCAGCUUUCCCAGAAAGAGAAGGAGAAAAGGGAUAGCCAGGUCAUCAUCGACACUCUGCGGGACACCUUGGAAGAGCGCAACGCCACUGUGGAAUCUCUGCAGAAGGCUUUAGACAAGGCCGAAAUGCUAUGCUCCACCCUCAAGAAACAGAUGAAGUACUUGGAGCAGCAGCAGGAUGAAACCAAACAAGCACAGGAGGAGGCCCGCCGGCUUAGGACCAAGAUGAAGACCAUGGAGAGGAUUGAGCUCCUACUCCAGAGCCAGCGGCCCGAGGUGGAGGAGAUGAUCCGAGACAUGGGUGCGGGACAGUCAGCGGUGGAGCAGCUGGCUGUGUACUGCGUGUCCCUCAAGAAAGAGUAUGAGAAUCUAAAAGAGGCACGGAAGGCCUCAGGGGAGCUGUCUGACAAACUGAAGAAGGACUUAUUUUCUUCCAAAAGCAAGUUGCAGACAGUCUACUCUGAACUAGACCAGACAAGGUUGGAGCUGAGGUCAGCGCAGAAGGACUUACAGAGUGCUGACAAGGAAAUCACAAGCCUGAAAAAAAAGCUAACGAUGCUGCAGGAAACCCUGAACCUGCCACCAGUGGACAGUGAGACUGUCAACCGCCUGGUUUUAGAGAGCCCAGCCCCUUUGGAAAUGCUGAACCUGAAGCUUCGCCGACCAGCCUUCGGUGAUGAUAUUGACCUCAAUGCCACCUUUGAUGUGGACACCCCUCCAUCCCAGCCUGCCAGCAUCCAGCAGGGCCGUGCCAAGAAGCUCUGCCAAGAGAUAGCACACUCUCCUGUUCAGGACGUCCCCAAGAAGAUGCCCAAUGACCCCAAGCAGGAGUCCCAGCUCUCGCUGGGCGGCCAGCGCUGUAUGGGAGAGCCAGAUGAGGAGCUGGCUAGUGCCUUUCCUGUCUUCAUCCGGAAUGCUGUCCUAGGCCAGAAACAGCCCAAGAGGGCCAAAUCAGAGCCCCGUCGCAGCACAGAUGCCGUAAGGACCGGCUUCGAUGGUCUUGGAGGUCGGACAAAAUUCAUCCAACCUACUGACACAACUAUGAUCCGCCCACUGCCUGUUAAGCCCAAGCCCAAGGCUAAGCAGAGAGUCAAGACAAGGACAGUGCUCCCUCCCUCCCAGGCCAAACUGGACACCUUCUUGUGGUAGUGAGAAUAGUGAGUCUGAUCAGUGGCCAGAUAUACGCCUCCAACUUAUAGGCCUGGACUGGCUCAGCAGGAGGUUUUGGGGGCACGGCCCCUCCUCCGGGACCAGCCCUGAGGGCAACGGUAGACGAAAAGAUGGGGAUGAGGGUGAGGCCCAGGAACUGUGCUUUUCCUGAACUUACCCUGCCCACCCCCACCAUACUGGGUCUACCGUACUGGGCCUACAUGUGGUUGCCGAUGUGAGACCAGCAGGACCUGCUGUCUGUUAAAGGCUCUUGUGUAUAGCCAGAUGUAGCCGGGCUGCUUCUGGUUCUCCAGGUCUUUUGUUGACUGUAUGGACCAAAGUGCUCGAGGGUUCUCAGGCAAUUUCAGCCUGCCCAUGCUUCUGCCAGCUUCUGACUUGCUGCUAGGCAUGGCCGGAGCCAAGCAGGGUGGGGAAC